UCCUUAAACUGAAAGAGGAGAUUACCAGCUGUGUAAGUGGAGGUGGCCAGAAAUCCCCAAAUAUGUUCCACUGCAAUGCACAUCCUUCACAGAUGCAGUGAGGCUGUUCCAGCACCUUCCAAUUCCAAUAUGAAUUCUCCAUAUCCAAUAAACCCUGACCUGUUCUGUAUGGUUUUUCUCUACAGAGUGCCAUAAGAGGCAAGACUGUCCCCCAAAUAAAAAAAUCUGUUGCUAAAAACAUAUCAUUCCCUGCACACAGGGGACAGCAGCAGCACAGAGUUAUUCCCGAUGGGAAGAGGUGCUGGAGCACAUCCCUCCUGGGCAGGGGUGGUGGAGGGACGGCAGCAGCUUGGUCUUGCUCCAGUGGGUUGUCCAGUGAGUGAUUCCCGUUUCCCCUAAGGCUGCCUCUCAUUAGCAUGAAACGGGGGAAGGGCAUAAAAGACUCCAGUUCAUUUUGAGUCUGGAAAAAUACUUCAAAAUGACAACCCAAGUGUUCUGGCUCCUCUGCUUUGCCAUUAGAUCAUCCUCUGGAUCCCUGCCCUAUGCUGAGAAAGCUGGCCAGGCUCUCAGCAAAGAUGCUUUUAGUUCAGCAGCUGCUGCACCUGGGCAGGUGAAGCUGCCAGCCCGUGGCACCAGCAGUGCCAGUGGGAAUCCCAGGGAACACUGGCUCCUGCCUCCCACCCACCUGCAGCCGCCAAAGCCUCCUGAAAUCACCUCCCUGCCCCGGGACAAGAAGAAACGCACCAAACCUUCCCUGGAGAACAGCACAGGGCUGAGGAAACACCUCUGGCAGCCUCUGGAGAGCCUGGCUGAGGGGCCUUUUCCCAGCUCCCCCGACUCCAGCCAGGCCAACAGGAAGCACACGGACCGGCGCCGGGCCGGCGCUGCCAACAGCGUGUCCGCCCGCUCCCACCACGGCACAGCCUCCCAGCAACAGGGGACACCCACCCGGGGAGCUCAUCCUCCCCCAGACUCAGCGGAGUCCAAUGAUCCCAACACGCUGCACUUGAACCGCCCGGGCCAGACAAUCCCCUACAAACGCCCCGAUCCCGUCACCAGGAUCCCCAAACCCUCCUGGGUCACCAACCGCUGGUCCCCCGGCCCACCCGACCCCCUGGGGGUGCUGAGGAAAGAUGGUGACAAGGACAAGGAGUGUCUGGCCCAGUGCAGGGGAGAGCGGGAUGAAGUGGAGGCCUUUUGUGCCAGUGAAUUCGCAGUGAAUGGAAUUGUUUAUAACGUGGAAAGCCUGGGGAAUGGAGUCCACUGGAUUACCCUCCUGGUGAACAGUGAUGGAUUGUACAAGAUGAGUCGCCUGUACGUCAUUCCCGAUGCCGCCUUCUUCCGAGUCCACAUCCUACUUGUGGAUACUUUGAACUGCAGUAAACCCUGUCCAGACUUUAAACUUGGGAGCAGGUACAUCGUGAUGGGGCGGAUCUUCCACAAGCGCCGGGAGCUGCCGGCGGAGCUGCUGCCGGCCCUGCGCGGGCGGCUCCGGCCGGGCGACGGCUGGAUCGGGAGCAGCAGCAGCUACGUGAGGAGGUUCAACAGGAAAAGGGAUCACAAGGUGCAGGCGGCGCGUUCCAAGUGUCCGUAAGGUCCGGUGGCUCCGUCCAGGACACGGGGAGCAGUGGGAGUCACCCCCCAGGGCACACCUGGCCAGGGCACCUCACGCCGGGCACGGGCUGCGAUCGGACACUGCUUUGUGCUUCAGCAAACACGGAAUGCCCUCACCAGGCACCUCUGGUGGGGUUUAGCACAGAAGUCAGGCUAGGGAAUGUUAACUGGUCAUGGAUUUGCUCCAGCUUUUUCAGAGCCACAGGUUAUUGUAGCCUCCCCUGCUGCAGUGCACCCCUAAUAAUCUGUAGUAAAUGUACAGUUCUGGAGGCUUCAUCCUCAGUGCUCAGCAACUGCACUUUAGAACCUCUCACCUUGAACACGUUAGAUCUGUACACAGCUUUGGCUGCCCGGGAUGUCACACAGUUCUGCCUGAAGUAUCACAUGCAUUUGAUUCAAGAGAAACCAACAGCACUAAGUAUCACUUGUAUUGUUUUGGUCUCCUCAAACGUGUCUUUUGUGCUACUUCUAAAAAUCACAUCAUUCCUCAACCAGAGCUGGAUGUUCACAGGAAGCACACAGAAUGGAGGGGAACUACUUGAGUGUAUGAACACACUGACUGAAAGCACAUCAAGAACUGCACAACACAAAUGCCCAAUUUGGCUCAUGAGUAAUGGCACAAGUUCAUUCCAAGGAAUGCAGAAUGAGCAUGGACUGCACAGUGUGUGCAGUGGUUACACGAGCAGUUCCUCCUGAAUGCUAUUCCCCCUCAGAAAUAUCACCCAGCUUGUACUUGCACAUCAGUAAAGUUAAUUUUAAAAUCAAAGAUACAAUCUUUUAGUACCUUUAAUGUGGUGGGAUGGAAGAAUCUGUGAAAGGGCUGCAGAGGGAAUCAAAUGCUUGCUGUUCCCAGUCAGUGUUUGCAGAUCUUAAGUCUGUAAAAGAAACUAAUAAAAUGUUCAUGAGGUUCUGGUUUCACCAUCUCCUGGGUUCUGGAAGGCCCAAAAAGCUUAUGUUAUCAUAUCAAACAAAGGCAUCUCCUUGUUUGACAAGCUGGGGAUUUGACAAUACAUAUUUACAUUAAGAAAUGGAAAAAAGCAGUGCAGCUUAAAAAAAAUACACAUACAGUGGUAUGGCAUGACCUGCAACAGGAAGUAGUGGUUUCUAUAAGCAUUUUCUGUCCUGAAACAAAGGUAAUUCUGGCACAUUCUACCUGUCACACACCUCUGCAGCUUCAUUUAGUGUCACUGAAAAGCCACAGAGCAAGGGAUGGGUGAUAGGUCACACUGCAUCAAGCAUGUCUUGAUAUGGAGCCAAGUACCAAGAGCAAUCAUCACAUAUUUGGGACCCAAAGGCUGAGAAAUUUACUCAUAGGCUGGGUCUACCUAAAAAGUAAAUUGUCUCACUUCUGCUCUGUGAAAGCCUUUGCAUGGAGCACACCAUGGAUAGAUGGAAUUUUCCUGAGAGACUCUGAGGGGGCUUUGAUUUGGCAGCAGGAGUGUUCUGGCAAUGAAUCCGAGCACUGGAGUGACUGGGAGGGACAGGAGGAAGGAGGAGGAAGGGUUACAUGAGCAUCUCAAGUUUCUCUGUUUCUAUUUCCAGCCAAGUCCAGGGACUAACCAGCAACUCCUCCAGGCAUCCCCCCUCCCAGAGCAGCAUCCCAGCCCUGUUCCCACUAUUGUAACCUAACCCAGGGAAGUGUGGGUACAAACCCAAUGUGUAUCUCACUGUGACUGUCCCUGGGAAGGGAUAAGCACAGGACACCAGUGCUAAGCCCGAGUUCCAUGCCAAUAACUGACACAAACCACUCUUGGAUAGAGCUGCUGCUCUGGGAGCCCAAAGAACAAUUUAUCCUGUGUUCCCUUUUUUCAUCCUCUUACCUUUCCCUUCUUUCUUGGAAGAUCCCUCCUUAAAAUGUUCCCACACCAGCUGAGCAAGAAGCCACUGCAUGUCCCAGCCCAGCUGAGAUAGAGCUGGAGCAGGACUGUUGAUACCAAGCUCAUCACACACCAAAGGUACAUACUCAAUAAAAAAUAUUUCUUAGGUCGAGUCUUUCACUCACUAUUCCAAAACCCUCACAGCAAUAACCACAGUGAGAAGACAGAACUCAAGUCCAGUAGCUGCAACAGUAAUUUUGGUACCUUACAGUUGAUAGUUUUCUCCCCAGCAGGAUCAAUAGGAGAAUUCUGCAGCCAACACACAGAAAUCCAGGUGUACAGGAAUGUUGUCGCCUUCUUGUCUUUCUGGGGUUUACUUGAGGCUUUUGGCUCAGCUCAACUUUUCACUCUAAACCUCCAUUAACUUCUGCAUGAACUAAACCAGGACCGAGGGUAAUUGCUUCAAAUUUGAGGAGACAGAAAGGAAAAUCAGGCUGGUACAGCUCACAUUGUCACAGUGUUACAACACAGGCCAUUUCAAAACAACUGUUGCAAUAAUUUAUAAAAUACAAAGAGGAGGAAGACUGACCAGAGACCACAAACCUUAUGAACUUUAUGCUUUAAGGCAGGUGAGGAUUAAUCACGAGUGAUUUAUUUC